AUGUGGUUCCUGGAACAUGAGAGUCUUUUUGGAGGGAAGCGCGUGUGGCUGCGCCCGGGAUCGCAGCAGCUCUUCGGUCGAACUAGGGCGGCCGACCAGGACGGCCCACAGGGAAGGAAUUGGAAGAUUGACAACAAGGCUGUAUCGAGGAAGCAUGUUAUGCUCAAGGUGUAUGAGGUGGCAUCUGAGGACGGAACCAAACUCCAUAAACGGUCACAGAUUGAGGUUACUGACCUCAGCUGCCGUCAAGGGACUACAAUCGAUGAGAAGACAACGCUGAAGAGCCAAAAGGCAGAAGACGGAACAGUGACCUACAGUAGCGAGAUACUGAAAGGAACAGAGCACACGAUUCGAUUAGCUCAAGGCUAUGCGCCGUUCAAAAUUGUCUGGCGUCCAGUUGUGUUCACCUAUGCGUCCAAGGAGUCCAGGGAUGGUAAAGCACGUAGUACGCAAUUGCACUCCCUAGACAUCAAGACCACGACGGAUUUUGCGUUCGACAAGACAACCCAUGUUGUAUCAGCGAAGCGAAACUUGCCCAAGGUUCUCUCCGGUCUAACGUCCGGCAAGCACAUAGUUACUGCCGAAUUUCUCGAAGCGGUUCUCCGUGUUGCAGCUGCAUCGGUCGAUGACGAACAAAACUACAUACCCUCUCAAUUGGAAGAGGACUUUGAUACAUGGUGGCCGGCUGAGAAGGACUAUAUACCAGCAGCAGGCGCAGAGCCAGUCGCUCGCCCGCAGGAAAUGCUACUUCCUGAUGCUUCAAGAUCAGAAGUUUUCUCAGGUCUAACCUUUGUUUUCUUGAAUGAAGGUCAAUACAGUAGCUUGCUUGACCCAGUCACUGGUGGAGGCGGCAAGGCGUUACUUUGCAAUGUCCGACCAGGCGAGACGACCGUUGAGGAAUAUGUCAAUUAUGUCCACAGCGUCGCAGGCAAGAAACGGCGUGGAAAAAGUAGCGAGAAGCUUCCAGUUAUAACAGUUAGGUUGCCAGCAUAUCCUGACGCAAUGGAAGAAUGGGCUGCGAGCUUUGUCACUGGAGCUGAUCAAGCACUUGGUCAACGCUCCAUCUUACAGAACGAGUUCCUCGAUGCGAUCAUCACAAAGGACCGCACUCAACUCCAACGACCACCCGCUGAAGUUAUCGAAGUGCCCUCUAGUGACCCUGUACCUGACUCAGUUCCAACCCGACGCUCUACCCGUGCCCGAACUCCAAUGUCUAGAUCAGGGACACCUUCACAAUCCCGAGAAGGGAGUGUAGCUCCAGCAGAAGAACCUACAAAGGUGAUUCCGCGAAAGCGCAUAAGUAGGUCCAAGACCAGCCGCUUCACCGGUUUCGAUGAUGACGAACCGAUCCCGAAGAAGAAGCUCAAAGUGGAACCCAUACCGGAGGAGAAUGUGCAGCAGGUUGCUGCCUCAGGGUCAUCAGUUGCAACUUCACAGACACAAGCUGGUCCCAGCACGCAGAACCAAGCCUCACUACCAUUGCAUAUUCAAGACAGCGUCGAAAAGGAGGAACAGAUGGACACUCUGUUUCCAACGGCCGCAAAGAUGAGAAAACAGAGAGCAGCUACUAGGGCACCAUCAGCUUCGGUGGAGCCUGAAGUAGGCGGACCUGUACAAAAGCCAAGCACUAAAGGCGUAGAUGCAUUGGCACGACUUAACAAGGCCAAGGCCAAAGCAGAGAAAGAGAUUAAUGUCCGUGAGCACACCCGUCAAAGGAUCAAGGAAGAGGAAGAGCGACGCAAAGCAGACGAAGAAAAUUUGCGAGAGGCACUCCAAGGCAUCGAUAUCUCUGAGCUUAAGAACCUAGCACAGAUAGAGGAAAUGAACGUCUUGCCACGACAAAACAGAAGCAACACGCACAACCAGAGCAGAGCAAGCAGCGACCGCUGGAAUCCCGAAUGGAACGGCCGCAAAAACUUCAAGCGCUUCCGUCGUCGCGGCGCCGAACAAGGCGUGCAAAGCCACAAAGUCCUCGUCACGCUCGAAGAGGCCCCGCCAAAGAAAGGCUUCGGCAUGAGCGACACCUUCUUCCUUGAAGACGUGGAACCCUCAUCGCGCUCGCACCCCAGCCGCCGCGGUACUCAAGCCGACAACGACGAGACCUCUGAACCAGAAGUCGGCGGCUUCGCCCGACGCAAACAUAGCACGCAGACUCAGACGCCGCGGGAAGUCAUUAAUGUCGAGGAUAGUGGGCCAGAUGACGAGGAAGUGGUGCCUACAGGGCGGACGCAGAGGAGUAGCGGGCGGACGCAGCGGGUUGCCGAAACGCAGCCUGAGGGUACGCAGACGCAGGCAAGUAGGAAGAGGGGAUCCGGGGCUGCGGGUGUGCCGCCAGCCAAGAAGGGCAGGUUUGGGAGAGCAGUCGAUGAUAGCGAUGAUGAGGAGACCGGGUUUAGGUUUAAGCGGAGGGGAUAG